AUGGAAACUCUUCGUUCCCGUCAAACAGGUUUUUUAUUUUGUAAAAAAUUCAGGAAUUUUUUCAAUUUUUUUUUCAAUUUUUCAGCAGCUCUAAAACAAUUGUUGAACCUCAACCAACCAUUUACUCAAUCUUUAGCAGUUGAACCAACAUGGAAAUUGCUGAUAUUUGAUGGGUAUGGACAAGAUAUUAUUUCGCCCCUUCUAAAUGUUAAACAACUUAGAGAAGCUGGAGUUACUUUACACAUGCAUCUAAAUUCUCAAAGAGAAACUUUGCCAGAUGUUCCAGCAGUUUAUUUUGUAUCGCCAACAGAAUCGAAUAUUCAAAUAAUUUGUAAUGAUUUGAGAAAAUCAAUGUAUGAUAGUUACUAUUUUAAUAUGAUAUAUCCAUUGCCGAGACCCUUAUUGGAAGAUUUGGCGUUGAGUGCUGUUGAGGGGGGAAUUGUGCAACAAGUACAAAAGGUCACUGAUCAAUUCUUGGCAUUUAUCUCGUUAGAAGACGAUUUGUUUAUGUUGAGUCGUUAUUCACAAACUAGCCCUUAUUCUUUCUUUGCCUUAAACAAUCCAUCAGCCAGUGAUGAAUCAAUGAACAAAAUAAUUUCAAGUAUAGCUAAUGGUCUUUUUUCUAUUUGUAUAACUUCGGGUGUUGUUCCCAUAAUUAAGUGUCCGAAGAAUAAUGCGGCUGAAAGAGUUGCUGAGAAAUUGGAUCAAAAAAUUCGUGAUAAUUUGCGUGAUGCUCGUAACAAUUUAUUCACUCAAGAAAAUGUCCGAGCCAGUCAUUUAAAUAUUCAUCGACCUGUUUUGGUUAUUGCUGAUAGAAGUUUGGAUUUAUCAACAAUGCUACACCAUACGUGGACAUAUCAGGCUAUGAUUGCUGAUAUUUUGGAUAUGGAUUUAAAUCGUAUCAGAAUGAAAGAUAAAAAUGCCCGUCAAAAAGAUUAUGAAUUUAGCAAUGAAGAUAAAUUAUUUAAUUCGUAUAAGGGAAGUGCUUUCCCUUUGGUAGCUGAAGCUAUACAAGAAGAUUUGGAAGCAUAUAGAAAAAAUGAAGAAGAAAUUAGAAGAUUGAAGGAUUCCAUGGGAAUUGAGGGCUCCACAAUCAUCGAAAAUGAAUCAGACUUUUUACUUGAUAGUGCAACGAAUAAACUUUCAAGUGCUGUAGGCUCAUUACCAGAAUUGCUAGAAAAGAAGAGAUUAAUUGAUUUACAUACAAAUGUAGCUACAGCUUUGUUAGAUAAUAUAAAAAGUAGAAAAUUGGAUAUAUUGUAUGAAACUGAAGAAAAAUUGUUAACUGGACAAGAUUUACCAUUAAUGGAAUGUUUGCGUGAAUGUAGCACUAAUGAAGAUGCAUUACGUUUUGCAUUAAUUGCUGCAUGUUCUAAAAAUUUAAGCACGACUGAACAACGUGAAAUACUUGCUCAUUUUGAAGAGAAGGGAAUAAGUCCAGAUGCUUUAAAUUUUGUUAGACAAUUGAGAUCCUUUUCAAAUGUUGGUGGACAUACAGAAUUACAUUUGGGAGCGGGAACCAAAACAGUUGGAAUGUUUUCAAAAUUGUUAAAUCAAAGUUCAAAAUUUGUAAUGGAAGGAGUUAAAAAUUUAGUUCCAAAGAAGCAUUGUUUGCCGUUAACUAAGAUGAUAGAACAAUUAACUGAAGUUAAAAUUAGUGGAGGAAUGCAGUCUGUAACAGGUUUAAGUGUUGGUGGUUCUAGUAAUGCUUUGGAUGGAGCUGAUGAGUUUCGUGUUUUUGACCCAAAAUUGACACAAGGAUCGAUAAAAGAUGGACUACGUUCAACAUAUCCAGUAGUAGAUGUAAUUGUUUUUGUAGUUGGUGGAGGUAAUUAUGUAGAAUAUCAAAAUGUUAUUGAAUGGGCAAAAACAAAACCAUCAAUACAAAGAAUAACUUAUGGAUGUACAGAAAUGGUUAGCCCAAAAUGUUUUGUUGAACAGUUGUCUCAUCUUGGAGAAAAAUCGAGAGGUUGAG